GGGAAGCCGGCCAUCCUGGUGCAGGUAGCCGCCCCGCCCCUGCGGGAGCCCCGCGCUCGGCACGCCGCGGCAGCCUUCGCCCUGGAUGCUGCGGCCGCGGCAGCCGUGGGACUGUCUCGGGAGCGGGCUUUGGACUACUACGGGCUGUACGACGACCGCGGGCGCCCCUACGGCUACCCGGCCGUGUGCGAGGAGGACCUGAUGCCGGAGGAUGACCAGAGGGCCACGCGCAAUCUCUUCAUCGGGAACCUGGAUCACAGCGUAUCUGAGGUGGAGCUCCGACGGGCCUUCGAGAAGUACGGCAUCAUUGAGGAGGUGGUCAUCAAGAGGCCUGCCCGUGGCCAGGGUGGUGCCUAUGCCUUUCUCAAGUUUCAGAACCUGGACAUGGCACACAGGGCCAAAGUGGCUAUGUCCGGCCGGGUGAUUGGCAGAAACCCCAUAAAGAUAGGCUAUGGCAAGGCUAACCCCACCACCCGCCUCUGGGUGGGUGGUCUGGGACCUAACACCUCGCUGGCAGCCCUGGCCAGGGAAUUUGAUCGCUUUGGGAGCAUUCGGACCAUCGAUCACGUCAAAGGAGACAGCUUUGCCUACAUCCAGUACGAGAGCCUGGACGCAGCCCAAGCCGCCUGCGCUAAAAUGAGGGGCUUUCCCUUGGGUGGUCCGGAUCGCAGGCUCAGGGUGGAUUUUGCCAAAGCAGAGGAGACUCGCUAUCCCCAGCAGUACCAGCCCUCCCCUCUCCCUGUGCAUUAUGAGCUGCUCACUGAUGGAUAUACCCGGCAUCGAAACCUGGAUGCGGACCUUAGGGUGCGGGAUAGGACCCCUCCACACCUCCUCUAUUCAGACCGGGACCGGACCUUUUUGGAAGGGGACUGGACCAGCCUCAGUAAAAGUUCGGACCGCAGAAACAGCCUGGAGGGCUAUAGCCGCUCAGUGCGCAGCCGGAGUGGUGAGCGCUGGGGAGGAGAUGGGGACCGGAGUAUAGCCAAGCCCUGGGAAGAGAGACGCAAGCGGAGGAGCCUUUCCAGUGACCGUGGGAGGGCAACUCAUUCCCCUUAUGAGGAACGGAGCAGGACCAAGGGUGGGGGACAGCAGUCUGAGCGAGGCUCGGACCGCACCCCUGAGCGUAGCCGAAAGGAAAACCACUCCAGUGAAGGGACCAAGGAGUCAGGCAGCAACUCCCUCAGCAACAGCAGACAUGGUGCGGAGGAGAGGGGCCACCAUCACCACCACCACGAGGCUCCAGACUCUUCCCAUGGAAAAAAGACUCGAGAGAGUGAACGUAAUCAUCGGACCACUGAGGCAGAGCCCAAGACUCUUGAAGAGCCAAAACACGAGACCAAAAAGCUAAAGACUCUUUCCGAGUACGCUCAGACACUGCAGCUGGGUUGGAAUGGGCUUCUAGUUUUGAAAAACAGCUGUUUUCCAACAUCUAUGCACAUCCUAGAGGGGGACCAGGGAGUUAUCAGCGGUCUCCUCAAAGACCACACUUCUGGCAGCAAGCUGACCCAGCUAAAGAUUGCCCAGCGCCUUCGACUGGACCAGCCCAAGCUGGACGAGGUCACCCGUCGCAUCAAGCAGGGGAGCCCCAACGGCUACGCAGUGCUCCUAGCCAUCCAGUCAGCCCCCAGUGGGCCUGGCACUGAAGGGGUGCCCGCGGUGGAACCAGGCCUACAGAGGCGGCUUCUCAGGAACCUGGUCUCCUACUUGAAACAGAAGCAGGCUGCAGGGGUGAUCAGCCUGCCAGUGGGUGGGUCUAAGGGCAGAGACAGCACGGGCAUGCUUUACGCCUUCCCACCCUGCGACUUCUCACAGCAGUACCUGCAGUCGGCACUACGGACCCUGGGCAAGCUAGAGGAAGAGCAUAUGGUGAUAGUUAUAGUCAGAGACGCUGCCUAGCCCGUACCUGCUCUUCCAGCUGUGUUUGUGUCACAGAGCAGUUAUGUUAAAAACUGCUCCCUUCCCUACCCACCUUACCUCCUUGGUUUCAAUUCUCUGCUGGGUUGUUCUGGUUCAUUUGGUGGCAUCCUGUCCACUGCUAAAACUAAGCUCAUGGGUCUGGGGCUUUUUGUUUUUUUUUUUUUUUUACAAGAAAAAAAAACUGUUGUGUUUCCCAUGUAUGAGAUACUAUCUGCUGUAUUCUGUAUUUUUUUAUUCUUUUUUAUUUUUAUUUUUUUGACUAACUGUAUGGAAAGUUGUCAGUAAAGCCUUUGUCAGAGGA